AUGGCGUCCUUUAUCAACCUUGAAGAUUCCCCAAUGUUUCAAAAACAGGUUUUCUCCUUAGAAGGAACAACUGAUGAGCUUAAAGAUCGUUGUCAGAAGCUAUACAAAGGUGUCAAGAAGUUCAUGGGAGCUUUGGGAGAGGCAUCAACUGGAGUCAGUGCCUUUGCAGAUUCUCUUGAAGAGUUUGGUGCUGGACAUGAUGAUCCCGUCAGUCUUUCUAUUGGAGGUCCAGUGAUAUCUAAAUUUAUAAAUACACUUCGGGAGCUCUCAUCUUACAAGGAGUUUCUUCGCUCACAAGUGGAGCACGUAUUACUUGAGAGGCUGACCAACUUUAUGACUGUUGAUUUACAAGAAGCAAAGGAGUCUCGGCGUCGUUUCGAUAAAGCUGUCCAUUCUUAUGACCAGGCACGUGAAAAGUUUGUGUCGCUAAAGAAGAACACUAGAGGAGACAUUGUUGCUGAGUUGGAGGAGGAUCUGGAGAACUCCAAGUCAGCAUUUGAGAAAAGUAGAUUCAAUCUAGUAAAUUCAUUAAUGACUAUUGAAGCCAAAAAGAAGUAUGAGUUCUUGGAAUCCAUUAGUGCAAUUAUGGACUCCCAUUUGAGAUAUUUUAAGCUUGGAUAUGACUUAUUGAAUCAACUGGAGCCUUAUAUCCAUCAGGUAUUGACAUAUGCACAACAGUCAAAAGAACAGUCCAAGAUUGAACAAGAUCGGUUUGCAAGACGGAUUCAAGAAUUCAGGACUCAGUCUGAAUUAGACAGCCAACAGGUCUCUGAGCCCUCUAGUGCCGAUGGAAACCAUGUUUACAGAACAAUCCCGCAUAAAAACAUUGAAGCGACAUCGAUAUCUACCGCAGACAAGGAAGUAAUCAAACAAGGGUAUCUACUAAAGCGAUCAGCUAGUCUGAGAGCUGAUUGGAAAAGAAGGUUCUUUGUGCUUGACAAUCAUGGAUCCUUAUACUAUUACAGAAACACCGGUAACAAAUCAGCGGGAUCUCAACAUUACUAUAGUGGUUUAGGUGAGCAUAACAGUGGUGUCUUUGGGAGAUUUCGUUCAAGACACAACCGAUCAGCUUCACAGGGAAGCCUAGACUGCAACAUGAUCGAUCUCCGUACCUCGCUGAUAAAACUGGACGCAGAGGACACAGAUCUUCGUCUCUGUUUCAGAAUCAUCUCUCCUCAGAAGACUUACACAUUACAGGCUGAAAAUGGAGCUGACAGGAUGGAUUGGGUGAAUAAGAUCACAGCAGCUAUAGCAACACGCCUGAAUUCUCAUUUCCUGCAACAGUCACCAAAUCAAUAUGCUAGUGAUGACCUCUCCCUGCACCAAAAACAGAACUAUAACCAAAGAGUAAACAUGGGGGAUGAUGUCCUUGCAAUAUUGAGAAUAAUCCCUGGAAAUAACGCAUGUGCAGAGUGCAACGCACCUGACCCUGAUUGGGCCUCACUGAAUCUUGGAGUUUUGAUGUGCAUCGAAUGCUCUGGUGUUCACCGGAAUCUCGGCGUUCAUAUUUCCAAGGUGAGGUCGCUUAGAUUGGAUGUGAAAGUAUGGGAGCCUACAAUCUUGGACUUGUUUCGGAAACUAGGCAAUGCAUACUGUAACUCGAUAUGGGAGGAGCGGCUUCACCUUGACAUGAGCGACAGUGAAAAUGACACACUUGCACUGAUUCCGAAACCAUCUUCAAAAGAUUCUUUUACUCUCAAGGAGAAUUACAUUCAUGGGAAGUACCUGGAGAAAGCUCUGGUUGUGAAAGAUGAAAGAGAAGCAAACCCUAACCCUACAGCCUCGAGAAGAAUAUGGGAAGCUGUUCAAAGCAAGAACAUAAGAGAAAUCUACCGACUCAUUGUAACAGCGGAUGCGAAUAUCAUCAACACCAAGUUCGAUGAUGUUACUGGCGUUGAUGCGUAUCACCACCACCACGACCAUGUUGUAGAGAAAAGGCACGAUCCAAACGCGUGUCAGAGGAUCAAGGAUUCGAACGGAGCAAGAAACUGUCUUCAGGGCUGCUCGUUGUUGCAUGUGGCGUGUCAAAGCGGCGACCCGAUCUUGCUUGAACUGUUGUUGCAGUUUGGCGCUGACAUAAACAUGAGAGAUUAUCACGGAAGGACUCCGUUACACCACUGCGUCGCAUCAGGGAACAACGCAUUUGCAAAGGUUUUACUGAGAAGAGGUGCUCGUCCAUCAAUAGAGGAUGGUGGAGGAUUAAGUGUAUUGGAAAGAGCAAUGGAGAUGGGAGCCAUUGCCGAUGAAGAGCUCUUCCUUCUCUUAGCAGAGUGUCAUUAA